UUAAGUGAAACAUACUACAAAUUACAAUAUCAAUAUACUACAAAUCAAUCUUUUUUCUUCUCUUUCUCUCUCAUUUCUUCUAUGGUUCUCCAACUUCCAUUACUAGAUAUCCUCUAUCUAUCCUCAUAAACAUAACCCAUCAUUUUUAUCACUCUCAUUUUGUCCAUUCUUUUUGUCUUCUCUCUAAUCCUAUACAAAAAAAAAAAAAAAACUUCUCAAAAAACUAAAUUUAGGGGACCCCUUAUUUUAUUUUUUUUGAUUCAUUCAAUUUGUUUUUCAUGCUAUAGUUUUUAUUCAUGGCAGCAGCAAAAUCUGUUAAAGGAGAUGGUGGAAAUAUUAGUAGAGAAGAUAUACAAGCUGCCAUUGCUAAAGCUGUGGAAUUAAGAGCACUUCAUGCUGCUUUAAUACAAGGGAAUAAUAAUAAUAUUAAUAAUAGUCCUUCUCAUCUCAGAUUUCUAUCUUCUACUUCUCCUCCUGAUCUUCUUCCUUCUCAUUCUCGUCCUUCUUCUCAGUUUUCUGGGCAUGAUUAUCCUGUCUUUACUCCUAGUUAUGAAGAUGAACCUUCCUUACCAGGGUAUAACAAUCUCCAAAUAGCAAGCCAAUCGAUUUGCGAGAGUUGGGAUGGAAGAGAUGAUCAUGUAGUGAACUUAGACAACCACCAUAUUUGCCCUGCAGAUGAUUGUAAAUCAGUCACUAGCUCGUGCACGAAUCACUUUACGUUCCUAGAAAAUUCGCCAGGGACAGAAGUUCUUAAGUCGAGAAGAAGAAAUAGUUUAGGAGAUCUGAAAUCAGUAUCAUCAUGCAACCAGUGUAAGCCUGCAACUAUUAGCAGCAUUGAUAAUGAUCAUAACAAGAGUUGUAAGUACUCUAACAUGGUUGUGCCACUAACAGAUUCUCACACGACUAUGAGUAGCACUGCACGUCAUAAGAAUAAUAAAUCUCGGGGUAUGAUUCUUUCGUGGUUGUUCAAACGAAGGCCAAAAAACAACGAAAACUGUACUUUUUCACCGUUAAGAACAGAAUCUGAGGAGGUUUCUUCAGUUUUAAAAGAUCUAGGGAAUGUAUCGAUUGAAGCAUUGAAAAAAGAGCUGAUUGAUGCGAAUCAGAAGAAGGAAGCAGCUUUACUGGAAGUUUCGGAGAUGAGAUCUUCAUUUGGGGAGUUGAAAAAGAAGCUCGACAAUUUGGAGUCUUACUGUGAGGGGCUAAAGAAGGCCCUAAGACAAGCAGUUUCGAAAAGAGAAAAGACAGGUGAUGCAGUGAAGAAGAAUGAUGACAGUUUGAUGAUGCCAGUAAGUGAAGAAGUAAUGGUAGAAGGGUUUUUACAGAUUGUAUCAGAAGCAAGAUUAUCAGUAAAACAGUUCUGUAAGACAUUGAUUGAGCAAAUUGAAGAAAGUGAUGAACAACUUACCGAAAAUUUAAACUUGCUGUUAAAACCCUUUAAACUGUCCUUAAAUUCGAGGUAUUCUAAGGCAGUUUUCUAUCAUUUAGAGGCGAUUAUAAACCAAGCAUUCUACCAAGAUUUCGAGAACUGCGUGUUUCAGAAAAAUGGGAUGCCAAAAAUACUAGAUCCUCAGCAACAAAGGUUAGCACAGUUUCAGUCAUUUGCUUCAUUGAGGAAUUUAAGUUGGAAUGAAGUGUUGAAGAAAGGAACAAAGUAUUACAGUGAAGAGUUUAGUAACUUCUGUGACCAGAAAAUGAGCUGCAUUAUUAAGACACUAAAUUGGACUAGACCUUGGUCUGAAACGUUACUUCAGUCAUUCUUCGUUGCUGCUAAAUGCAUUUGGUUGCUUCAUUUGCUCGCGUUCUCUUUCUAUCCGCCAUUAUCUAUCUUAAGGGUGGAAGAAAAUAGACCGUUCGAUCCUCACUAUAUGGAAGAUAUUGUUACUGAUAAACAGAAGGGACACGGUCCAAGUCGAGUUAAGAUCAUGGUGAUGCCAGGGUUUUAUGUUCAAGAUAAGAUUUUAAGAUGUAAGGUUCUUUGUAGGUAUAAAUCUGUAGGAGUGUAAUUUAAGGAGUAUCUUCUUAAGAGUGAGGUUAAUAUAAAACUUUUUCCCAACAAUUCAUGUGUGAUCAAUCCUUUUCUCUAUCGUUGUCGUUAAAGUGGAGAACUGAACCAAGAAAUCUUUUUCUUCCUCAUCAAUCGAAUCACUGCUCGCGACCCAGGAUUCUCCCUGUGUUCACUCUCCUAUAGUUAGCAAGGAAGAAGGGUCUUGUACUUUAUUUUAGUCUGCCUUCUUUUCUUUUGUUGGUUUUUUAAAGAUUUUUUUUGUUUGAUUGAGAAGAUUAGAGUGUUUGGUUGUAAUGCAAGUAACAAAAUAGCAUAUUUAGUUGAUUUCUUCUGUAAUUAUUCAGUCUGACUGUCUGAGUUGUUGUUACAAGACUUUCAGCUGAUGUAAAGUAAAUGGAAGUAAGAUUCUUUCUUGCAGUCUAAGAAUUUGGGUUGAAGAAGUUAUUCUACCUGCUUUUGUAACAGGUAAUCUUUCUUUA